AUGGGCGCACAUAUGCGUCCAACGAAAGUCAUCGCUGUGGACUAUGGACGCAAAUACGCGCUCAGCAGAUGUCAUCAGUAUAGACUNGUUUCGACACCUUUACCCGCACAACAAAUUAAUUCAAAGGGCUUAAAUAUUCCGAGAAAUUUACCGCUCGCAGAUCCAACGUUUUACAAGUCCUCUGAGAUCGAUGCGUUAUUAGGCGCAGAAUUAUUCUACCAGAUACUUUGCGCAAAACAAAUCGAAAUUCAAAAUCAAAACGCCGUAUUGCAAAAAACUAGAUUUGGGUGGGUAGUCGCAGGUAAAAUAACGGAGGAUGAAUCAAGUGUUCGAACCAUUUCUUGCAAUUUAUCUAUCAAGUCGAUACACCAUGACAUUUCCAGAUUUUGGGAAUUAGAAGAAAUUCCAGAAACCAAAUUCAUGUCCUCCUCAGAAGCUGAAGUCGAGCAACAUUUUCUAGACAACGUAUACCGUAACGAAACAGGCAGAUACGUAGUAAGAUUACCCUUUAAUGAUAAAAGGGACAAGCUCGGGAUCACAUACAACAUUGCGCGCCGACAAUUCUUCGCGUUAGAACGUCGAUUCGCUAAACAUCCAGAAAUAAAGCUUCCGUACGUCAACUCGAUGAAAGAGUAUAUAGAUUUAAGACACAUGUCGAAAGUUCGAAAUCCUGAUACGCGAGACAAUUACAUGCCACAUCAUGCAGUAGUCAAGUUAGACAGUACGACUACUCAAUAUAGACCUGUUUUCAACGCAUCCGUUACUCCAGAAGAUGAGGAGGACGAAUACGGUCAAAUCGGUGACCAGAAUAAAUCGGAAAGGGUCACAUUCAAUCAAACUUUAAUGACGGGACCGACAAUACAAAAUGACAUUUUUGAAAUUUUAAUUCGUUUCCGUAUUCAUCAAUUCGCGUUAAUAGCCGACAUAGAAAAAAUGUAUCGGCAAGUGCUAGUUCACGAAGACGAUAGAAAAUACCAACAAAUUUUUUGGCGAGAAGAUCCGAACGAACCUUUAGAAGUGUAUCAACUCAACACGUUAACUUUUGGCACGAGCUGUGCACCGUUUUUAGCUAUUCGCACGUUACAUAAACUUGCAGAUGACGAGAAACACAAUUAUCCUACGGCAGCCGACGUAGUGAAACGCGAUUUUUACGUAGAUGACCUAUUAACAGGUAGUGAUACUUUAGAAAACGCCGGAAGGUUACGUGAUGAAUUAAAUUCUUUGUUAAAAUCAGGCGGUUUCAAUUUGCGAAAAUGGGCUUCAAAUGAUAACCGACUGAUUGAACCGUUGUCUAACGACUUAGCAAACGUCCAUUUAUUCUCAGAUCCAGAAAAGGCAGUCAAAACAUUAGGGAUUAAAUGGAAUUCGCAAUUAGACGAAUUAUCUUAUUCGUUAAAGGCCGAACUCAGUGCUCAGGAGAAAACUACAAAACGAACAAUUCUGUCAAACAUCGCGCAGUUAUUCGAUCCGAUAGGGUUGUUAGGCCCAAUAAUAGUCAAAGCUAAACUUAUUAUGCAAGCUUUGUGGAAAGCAAAAGUGGACUGGGACGAAACCCUCCCACUCAAUAUUCAUACCGCGUG